AUAAGCCAUGGAGAAAAUAACAGAGAAACUCUUGCUGGAGAAAGGUUCUCCAAAAACCAACAAACUGGAGCAAAUCAAGACCCUGAAUCUGUCUAAACUGGCGCUGAAGGUUCAGGACUUGCCGGCCAGGCUGCUGUCCCGUCUCCGCUCCCUGGAGAGGUGGGAUCUGUCUGGGAACAGACUGCAGGAGUGGCCCAAGGACCUGGAGCUGCCUGCGCUUCGCUACCUGGACCUCAGCGACAACCAGAUGGAGGACGUUACCACGCUGGAGUCUCUGGGAGGCCUGGAGGAGCUCAAGAUGGAGGACAACCUUUAUAUCACUGUGAGUGAUAAUUAUAAACUGAUGACGCUGUUGCCCAACCUGAGGAUUUACAACGGUAAAGAUGUCACUACUACUGCCAACCACCUGCGCUACGUCUACAGUGAGAACCUGAGGACCAGGAUAAUUGCAGUUUGGGAGAAGAGCUUCAGUCUCCCGGAUCCCAUCACGCCAGAGAAACUAUCCACCUUGAAGACAGACUUUGUCAACGCUACCCGUCAACAGGUUAAAUUUGGACCCGCGUCAGUCAGCGACUUCACCAAAUGGAAGGUGGAGAUUAUGGCUAAGGAGUAUCUGCGCUCUCUGACAGAACCAAAGGAAGAAGCACAGAGCGAGGAGCCGACUGACACUAAAGACAACUGUGAAGUCUCCACGCCGACCAAGAGGAAACAACCGGCACCAGUAACGGACUCCAGCAUAAACCUGACGCCUCGCAAGAAGCUGUGCGCAGAUCUCCCAGCGUCCCCAGUUGGAGACAGCCCCCGCAAGGCCAGCCUCCGCUUCAAACCUCAGCCGCUGACCCAGACCAUCAGGAUGAGCCCCCGCAAGGCCGCUCCGCCUCCCUCUACCCCCACCAGAGCCCAGACGAGGGCAGACACACCCAAGAGAGGCUCUAAAGUGAGACAAACCAAAGAGGAUGGAGCUCAGAUUAAACAGAAGGAAGGUGUGAGCAGGAAGGAGCUGCAGAGGGAUGCCGACAGGCUGCCCACAUUAAAGAGCUGCAGCCAGACACAGCAGCCGGUGCAUCUGAAGCCUCUCCACGUCCUGCAGUGCCACAGCAAACAGGACAGCUCGGAGGACUUCUCCACCCAGCUGUGGGCUUGUGCUUUCCAGCCAAUGCCCGACUCCACAGGCGCUGGUGGAGGAAGCCGUUUGGUUGCUACCUGCGGAGGAGACUCUCUCUGUGUGAUUGACUGUGAAACUGGGAUCGUGAUGAAGAAGUACAAAGUUCCCGGAGAGGAGUUCUUCUCCCUGGCCUGGUCCACGGUGCUCAUGUCCAGGGGGGGCAAUGCCUCGGCUCAGCACUGCAGCGUUCUGGCAGCUGGCGGGAAGAGAGGGCUGGUCAAACUGAUCCACCCCAGAAACAACGUGGCCUACGGGGAGUUCAGAGCCAGCCGCAAGUCGCUGUCUGUCCUCCGCUUCAACCACCACCGGGGCAACUUCCUCUUCACGGGAUCUUACGAUAACAAGAUCGUAAUGUGGGACAUCGGCGGAGUGGACAGCCAGUACAACUACAAAGUUGUUCAGCUGCUGGUGUUGGAGAUCAGCGCCACCCCUCUGCACAUCUGCCUCCCCCCCACUUCCCCCAACUCACACCUACUGACUGCCUGUGAGGACGGCCUGCACUGCUUCAACACACAACUCGGCAACAACAACGCCACGAAGAGGUCAAAGGAAAUGGAGGUAACUUUCCCCGUAUAUAAGAAAGAGGACAAAGACCACGACUACCACACCAUUGAUGGCCUGAGUUUUCUGACAGAUGACAUAGUGGCCUCCAAGAGCUACAUGCACGGGGCCAUUUACCUGUGGAGCUGGAGCAGGACCAAGGCUCAGCGGCCCGACAAGAAGAGCAGGGAAGUGUGCGCUGUGGUUCUGGCUGAGCUGCAGUGGACCAACACAGAGAUUCCUUACCUGGCUCUCAACACCUGUCCCGGCCGAGCCUACAUAGUGUGUGGAGACGACAAAGGCCGGCUGUGGACGUACCACGUGAGCAACCUGCAGAAGAACAGUCUCCAGACUGGGAAACCCAUACAGCCCACUGAGGUGUUGGAGUGGCCGACGCCGGUGAAGAACGGCCUCGGGCAGGUAGAGGGCCCCUCCAUCAACAGUGUAGCAAUGGACCCGGAGCUCCACUUCCUGGUGGCCCUCAGUGACAAGAACAUGGUGAUAGUGUGGAAGAGGGACGGGGAGCGGGAGUCCUCCUGAGCCGCAGAGAGACUGCAGCUCAGGAAGGACGUCAGACUGAUCUCUGAAGUGGUUUGAUAUGAAUCCUAAGUGGUUUUUGUACUGGGAACAAACGGAUGAGAGUUUACCAAAUGUUGGUAUCUGUGAGGACAAAGAUGGAAGUGAUGGAAGAUUACUUCAUUUUAUCAUCACGCAGGUUGUUUCUCAAAAGAACAACAGGCCACUUUUUCAGCCUAAAGAGACUUUUUACUCAUUUUUGUCCUAAUUUGUUUGGGAAAAGACUUUUAUGUUGAUGCUGUGAGAGACAGACAGAUCGAAGGAAUACACCAACAGUAUUCUUGAUUUCUUUUAUAUGAAAAUAUGUGGCGUACUUUGCAGGAUUUUAUAGUCAUAUACUUAAAGUUGCUGCUGUUGGGAAGAGAGCUGUCACUAUGUGACACAGUUCUUAGUUUUACUUGUGUACCUUAAAGGAUACACCACAUAAAAAUGUCCAGACCGACUAUAAAACAUGAUGUCACUGUCUCACAAAUAAGAGUUUAAUUUCUCAAUGUGAUAACUUAAAAGUGUAAACAUUUGAAACGGAUCAUAACAAUCAUAUUUAAUCUACAUAAUUACAAUAAUGCUGUAAUUGGCCUCAGGCGUUUCACUUUAGAUCUUGUUUUAUAAUCUCUUUACUGGUUUUGAGUCUUUAGUAACACGUCUUGUAUUUCCUGCUUUCAGUGGAGUUAUGAAUGAGGACUCUAAUGUUAAAUUCAUGAAUGUUAUUUUCUGCAUUGACUGUAUGCGACUGUAUUUUCCUUUCAGAUGUACAUAUUUAAUGUGAAUAACUGCAUAUGAACGAACAUUGUGUUUCAAUGUAGCUGUAAUGUUCUGAUAACUCACAGUACAACGUGUACCUUCCUACUGUGUAAUCCCACAGUAUUUAUACUACCUGUGUUUCUGGGUACAACCCACCAUGUGUGGUUGUACUAAUAAUCUUUAAUAAA